AUGCUUAGUGUCGCGGGUUCUCCUGAGAGCAGGCUGGUCGUUACAAACUCGGAGUGUCAUUGGUGGUCUGGGUCUUUUAUGACUAUUAUACAACUUAUAUGGGUUCGUCACAUGUCCGAGCUGGUAUUUCACAGGGUCAUGCUCACUCUCGCAAAUAGACUACGUUACGCGGGGAUUACCCAUAUCGUCAUUUCCGCCGCCGGUGAUCUGCAUAACCUUCCAAUUGAUAAAGUACGCUGGUGGUUAUUGCAUCAGGGUGGAGACGACUCACCGUCAAAAGCUGUAAUCAUGAUCCGUGUCGAUGCCCUGUAUCCCCGGGUCAAAGUGGCCAGUCGCUUGCUGCAUUCUGUGUUUGUUAUAUCACAGGUUGGCAACAUUUCUUCCAUGGUCAUUACAAUGUUGGCAGGCGGCCGCGGGGCAAGAUCUAUAAGAACGGCUGAGGUGAAGCUCUAUCCUGGCUUCAGUGUUUGUCACUGGCGCGACACCGCCGUUGGUCCGGCAUCCUCCCUCUUCGUGGCCUCAACAUUUUGUUUCGAGAUAAUUGCGCUCACUUUGGCUACCUAUCGCAUCUAUACGCAUCUUAAGGCAACAGGAAAGAAGUUAUAUUCCAUAUGGCGAUCUAAUAACCUCUUCUUUCUCGUUGCCAGAGAAAACCUAACUUAUUUCUGCACACUAGCGAUAUGGUUAGCGUUUGCUGUCAUUGAUGGGACCUUGAGCUCCAGUGACAGCCAAGAGGCCGCGUUGCUAGAUGACACCAUGUUUGUCCUGGAGACAUACUGGACAUCCAUACUUGGGCCUUAUCUUGUCUUGAAUGUUCGUAGAAAUGACACAAAGCAUAUCAAUCCAUACAUAAAAACGAAGAUUACAGGGGAUACUAUAGUGUUUGCAUCGUUCCAUGGCGAAGGUGUUGAUAGUGAUCACCAAUUUGAAGGGAAUCAUGCGUAG